AUGAAAGAGCGAAAGGAGGUUGAAGGCAUAGAUAGAGAUAAGAAGCCUAAGACCGUUCUUGUGCGAGAAACAGAAUCGGGAAGAAUAUGGUUCUCCAGGGUGGUGAACGCGAGAAGAGCACGUGCGUGUGUCACAGAAGCUUCUUUUUAUUCUUUGGCGCAGCAUUUCGCAGUCGCGCUAUUCGAAUGCCACGAAGCAGAUGAUUUUGCGCCCGCUAAAAGUCUCAUGAACAUGUGCUUCACUUUCUAUCAUGAAGUGGAAGUUCCUGGGUUAGAGCCCUACCGUGAAUAUUUGUACACGCAUUUGCGCGUUCAGCCAAUAUGGACGUCCAUGAGAUUUUGGACGGCUGCUUUCUUUGACGCAGUACAAUGUGAGCGAGCGUCAAGGCCGGUACCGCCUCGACCGAAAUCCCUAGAUCAGGAAAGCAUCGCUGCCGAAGAUAGAAAGUUUCAAGCAAACAUCGUCUUCGGACAGUUAGGGACUUUUACUUGUAACAUGCAUGCUUUCGGCCUGUCACGAACUUUAUGUAUAGAGUUCCUCCGGAAACAAUGUAUUAUCGCGAAUUUAACUAAAGAACAAGAGAAGAUGCUGCGAGAUAACAUCGAUCGGAUGUUCGAUGAGACCGAGCCAUGGCGGUAGUUUAACUUGAGUGAAGAGUGAAAGAUCGAAUUUGAAAAACAUUUUAGAGAAACAUUUUGCAAUGUUUCUUCUUGGAAAUAUUUUUGACGAAAUUGAAUUGUCUUCGAACGCCGAGAGCGAUGAAGUCAAUUAUGAAAAUAAUCUUGUUAAUAUCGUUGACAAAGCGACAUUUGUUAAACUUUUCACGGUAUUCGACGCUGGACACGUCAAUUCCUAAGAUGAAAACUCCUAAGAUGCACAGAUUGGCACCUUAAGGGGUCUCACCACCCCUGAUCGAGGCCUUAAAAUAAUACCUAAGUUUAGGAUUUUUUGUGGGUAAAUAGAUAACUUUUUUUAAAAGCUGUUUAGAGGAUAUU